AUGGCAAACUUAUUACUCGGCGCGGUAAUAGAAAGUUUCUCAGACACUUCAUCGGAGACUAUAGGGAGAAGUCAACACAAUGACUCGACUCCAAAUAACUUGGCAGGCACAACACCGAAAUCUUUCGAGUAUGAUCAAGAUAAUACAGGGAGUAAGAGAAAACCAUCGGAUAAACGUCCUAGAAAAGGCCAUACGAAGUCCAGGAAAGGAUGCUACAAUUGCAAGCGAGCACGAAUCAAAUGCAAAGAGAAUCGACCGUCAUGUGAUUAUUGUGCACACCGUAACAUGCAAUGCCGAUGGCCGGAUCCAGUCCAACUGCAGCCACCAGCGGAGGAAGUUCAGAUCAGGUCAAUAACACGAAAUGCGAACUUCCCUGUCCAAACGCCGAUAGCUCCCGAAAUCCAAGUUGUCGGACCUGUUUACAACGCUUUCGACUUCAAGCUUUUCCACCAUUUCAUUGAUAAAGCACAUCCACAUCAUCCUAUUGGUAGUGAUGCUGUUUGGCGGCAUGACAUCCCUGUUAUCUCGUCUGAUCAUGAAUACCUACUCCAUGCAAUGCUCGCUCUCUCAGCUCAAGACAUGGCAUCAGUCAACGCAGACCCAGUAACCUCACAACAAUUGAAGACAAAAGCCAUGUCCCAUCGCGUAACAGCAAUUUCGGCCCUCAAUACUGCGAUCACAAAGGGUCUUUCACGAUUUGAACAAGGCAAUGCUAUGCUUGCUACUUGCUUCGCACUGCUCUUCCAAUCGGUGUAUAUGGAUGAUGGUCUUGCUGAGUACAUGACGUUUAUACGUGGUACAGUCGCGGUCGGUAUCCAGAUGGGUAUCAGAAAAGACAAAAUCCUUUUCGAGCAUCUUUUUGACGACAAUGGCGAGAAGCUAGUAGAUCCGGCAAUGAUGAAAGCACCGCUCGUAGAUUCUUCACUGGUAAGAAUGGCAUUAGCAAGUUUAGAGAAGAUUCAACCACUCUGCGACCACGUCGUCGAGGUUGAAAUCUACGGAAUGUUACUUGCUGCAGCAAGGGCGUUGAUUACAUCAUCACGAGAUGCAUGGCACGAACUCCGCAAAAUCUACGCCCACUUCAGCUACUUCAUGCCCCAGUCCUCCUUCAACCAUCUAAUCAAUCCCGCAAACCGCACCUGCCAAAUCUUGCAAUCCCACUUCAUAGCCCUCCAACUAGUCAUGACGCCCAUCACCCAAAACGAGCAUCUAGACAACGGUGAUCCUACUAAGGAAAUCCGCGAAAACAGUGGGACGACAGGACGAUGGUUCAGACCUUUACAUAGGAAUGUCCCGGAUGAUAUGCUGGAGUAUUAUAAGUGGCCGAUGUGGGUUGAAAAGGAGGUUAUGGGAGGACGAGUUUUUGAUGGGGUUGUGAGAAAAGAGGAUGAGAAUGGUGAGGUUAUUGACGGGGUAGUACCGUGCUUCGGGGAGUGGCCGGCGAAGAAUCGUGGUGGACAGAUUGAUUCGCGGACGGGGGUUGAGAAGGUUGUUGAAGAUGUCCCUUGUUCGGAGAUUGGAGAGAUCUUUGUUGAUCUCAUCUUCAAGCGUUUUGAGAUUGCGGACUGA